AUGGACGCUGGCCUGCUCCCUCCUCACCAGAGGGACCUAUCCUUCCGCCUCUCCUCCAGCAACGCGUGGUUCCGCUCGGCGCAGCAACCGCACAGCCGCCCAGUCAUCAUCCAGAAGGUGCCGCAGAGCGUGCGGGGAGGCCUCGAGGAGCGCUAUUUCGUCCCGGAUGUGGUCUCCAUUGGGCCUUACCACCACGGUGUGUCACACCUAGUCGAGAUGCAGCAGAUCAAGGAGGCCGUGGUGCACGACUUCUGCCGCAGCGCGGUGGGGGUAGCGGGACAGGCUGCCAAUUUGACUGUCGACCCGUUCCUGGAGGCGGUCCGGCCGCUGGUGCCGGAGGCGCGGCUCUGCUACGCCGACAGGUUCGACAGCAUCACCGACAACGACUUCGUCAACAUGAUGGUCGUCGACGGCUGCUUUCUGCUCGCCGUGGUGGCGAUCCUCACAGGGAAUUACAAUGGUGAGCACUGGCCGUGGACGCGCGGCCGCUUGCUGCGGAUCAUGAAGGACAUCCUGCUCUUCGAGAACCAGAUCCCCUGGCUCGUGGUGCGCGCGCUCAUGGCGCUGCUGCAGCGCGUCCAAGUGGACGAGUUCGUCUCCAAGAUCCUCGCUUACUUCGACGUCCACGGCCGCGAGCCGGCGCGCUUCGGCACGCCGUGGGACAUGCUGAGCCCGGUUCACCUCCUGGACCUCGUCCACCAGCGGCACCUGGGCGGGACAGCGCCAGCGGCUGACCACGACAUCCUGAUCUCGAACUGCGACUACGCCCGAGCGUUCGCGCACUUCACGUCGGCCGUGGAGCUCGCGGAGGCCGGCAUCCGGAUCCACGGCAGAGACACAUGCCGCGUGGCGGACGUCAGCGUGGAACCGGCCACGGUGCCGGCGGCGCUCCUGCUCCGGAUUGGGCGGCUCGCCCUCCCACAGCUCGCGCUCAGCUGGCUGCCGCGCUGCUGGCUGAUCAACAUGGUGGCGCUGGAAUGCGUGGCGGACCGGUCGGAUGGCCAGAGCGGCGUGAGCUCCUACCUCGCCAUCCUCGGCUCGCUCAUCCGCGCCGAGCGGGACGUCGAGGAGCUGCGAGCCAGGAAGAUACUGUUCAGCACCAUGAGCGACCGUCGGACCGUCGAGUUCUUCGAUGUCCUUCUCGACCCACUGCCGCGGCAGGAACUGUACCUCCGCACGCUGGAGGACAUCGUCCAGCUCCGGACCACGAGGAGCGCCAGGAGUAGCAUCCACUCCGUCUUCUAUAGGAACAGGAGGAUCAUAUUGACCGUCGCGCCGCUGCUCAGUCUCCUCGUCGCCAUCAUCGGGGUCGUGGUCAACAAUUCCAUCAAACACAAGUAG